AUGUCCAACAACCUCGUCCUGAUCACCGGUGGUACCGGGCACAUUGGUUUCAGAACCCUCGCCACUGCGUUGAAGUCCGGCUACCGUGUUCGAGCUGCAAUUCGAUCCGAAUCCAAGAAGAAUGACAUUCUCUCUGCGCCAUCUAUUAAAGCACUCAAUCUGACCGACGAGCUUUCCUUUAUCAUUGUAUCUGACUUGAUGAUUGACGGCGCUUACGACGAAGCCGUCAAGGGAGUGGAUUAUAUCAUUCAUCUUGCGUCGCCCAUCGUUCUCAAGGGAGAGAUCAAGCCCGAAGACUACGAAACUGCACUUGUCGAGCCUGCCGUUGCAGGAACGGUCAACAUCCUGAAAGCAGCAAUCAACUCGCCUAGUAUCAAGCGUGUUGUGAUUACAUCUUCUGUCGUUGCAAUCCUUUCUAGCGAAUACAUGUUCGAGAAGGAUGCUCCUGAUGGAGUAGUCCUCAACCACGAAUCCAGAUUGCCUACGCCCUCUGGGCCGUACCUAUCUGACUUUCACGCCUAUAACGCCAGCAAAGUUGCGGCUCUCAAUGCGACCGAGGCGUUUGUUAAAAACCAAAAACCCAAUUUCGACGUGGUGAAUAUCCAUCCAUCCUUCGUCAUCGGCAAGAACGAGCUUGUGAAAGACGCCAAGGAUAUCACAGUUGGAACUAACGCCAUUGCUAUCGCCCCCGUUCUUGGAGCUAAGUCUGAAAGCCCCAUUGUUGGAUCCAGUGUCCACGUUGAUGAUGUUGCAUUCAUGCAUGUCAAGGGUCUUGACCCCAAGGUUCCUGCUGGAAGUUAUAUUGGAAACUCUGAUGAUUACGCUGGAACUUUUUGGCAGAAUGCAACAGGGAUUGCGGCUGAACACUUUCCCAAGGCUGUGGCAAAGGGCAUUCUUCCUAACAAUGGUCUGCAGCCUACUCGGAAGAUGGGAGUGGAUGCGAGGAAGACUGAGGAAGUCAUGGGUUUCAAAUUCCUCAGUUUUGAGGAACAGGUUAAGAGUGUCGUGGGGCAUUUCCUUGAGCUGAAGGGUGAAAAGACUGAGUAA